GCAGCGUUAGAGAAACGAGAUGUAAGCCACGAAGCUGUGCCUCGAAUCCUGUGGCAAGAUGCCAGCUACACUGAAUUGUGCGCUGUAUGUGGAUCCCUAUAUUUCCUGGCAAGUUAAUGCAACUGUAGAUGAUACUGGUAUUCUCCAGCAACGAUCGACGUGGGUUCAGUUUCUUCAUGAUUGACGUGACAUUAGGCCAGAAACCCUCGAGAACCUGUUGUCAAAUACAUCUAACAGUACCUCAGGACAGUUCAAUACAUGUGUUCCAAGUGCAUAAUGAAUAAUUGCGUCCAAGCUUGUGUUGACUUUACACAUAAAAAUGCUAGUGUCAUUUGGUGCCUUUUACAAUAUGGUGUGGCAUUUAUAGUAAUUAAGUCAGUUUAAUAGUAAUUUGAAUAAUUUGUGUUGAAACAUCGAUUUAGUUUUGUAUCUGACUGUAUUAAUGUGGUUUAUUUUUUAGAAGUUAUCGAAUGAUGGAUAAUUUAUUCAUAAAGUAUUUAAUUGUUCUUAUCUAUCUGUUCGUGAAUGUCUGUCAUGCGGAUCUAUCUAUACGUUUAUAACUGAACACAGCUCAACAGCUGGGGACAUAGUUAGACACUUGCUGUUUUUAUCGUACCUUGCCAGCGGCUGGUUCCAGCAGUGAAGGCCAGAGGACACCAUUGAGGAAUAUUCACAAGGAGAACAUGUCGGGUAGACACAUGGAUGCCAGGCACAAUUACAACCUUCGGAGGACCAUGACACCGAAACAAAUCGCAGACAUGUUUAACGACUUCGCCGACGACUAUGAAGAGGUGUACAAAGGGUUAGGACUCUGCUCCCACCUACGUAUUGGCGAGUACAUGGCUGAAACCUACCCGGAACACCUACGGGCAGCUCUCCAAGUACUGGACGUUGGUGCCGGAACAGGAUAUGUCGGGGAAACGCUGUCCGAGUUGGGUUUUAAGCGAAUUGAUGCACUGGACCCAGCACAAAAAAUGCUUGAUGUUGCGAAAACUAAAAAAGUCUACAGAAGAUUGAUCUGCGCCUUCCUGAACAAGAACAGGAUUGAUGAAAUUGAGACAGACCAAUAUGAUUGCAUCACUGCUGCAGGGGCGUUUAAUGAAGGUCUCAUUCCUGUCAGUGCAUUCCAGGAGAUGAUCAGAAUCGUCAAGCCAGGAGGAAGAAUUAUAUUCACGAUUACCGAUAAAUACAUCGCCAACACCGACGGCUACAGAAAGGAGCUACUUCCCUUCAUCCAGAAGAUGGCGGAUGAGGGUGCGUGGGAUAUAACGGCAGUUCCUCUUGCUGAUGGCGCAAUUCAUCGACCGGACGGACCUGGGAUGCUGUAUAGUUUCAAAGUAAACGUGACUGAGAAACAUCUUUAGAUCACGAGUGGGCAUCUGAAUGGCAUUGAGUCUUUAUAUUGCUUUAUGGAUACACCGACCGAAAAUUGCAUAAACUUAAGACUAGGAAACCAUUUGGCUUUGUCACCACCCAACCGGCGAUUAACUUCAGAAAUCCCUAGUACUUUUUGUCAACCACGGACACUUUGGUUUGAGAAAGCCGUAGGGGAGGUCGGGUAGCCUAGUGGUUAAAGCGUUCACUCAUCAUGCAGAAGACCCGGGUUCGAGAUAUUGCUGGAAUAUUGCUAAAAGCAGCGUAAAACCAUACGCACUCACUCACUCACCAGAAAGCCGUAAAGCAAAUUAAUAGACAACAAGACCUUCUAGUGUCUGCUGCAGGACACUGGGUGGUAAUACUGUAUAAUGCACAAAAACUGGUAUGUUGACAUCAUCCGAGAGCCUUUCACACACAUGUAAAUCUUCACAUAUUCCCAAUGAAUGAAGACGAAAUAUUUCCAAAUAUUCUGUCUAAUGAACAAAUAAAGUUUUUGUUUACUUAAUAAAUUGAUGGUAGAUAACUUUGUUUUCCUUAUUCAUUCACAUGUACAUACAAUUCCAAAUGCCACACGUUCCUUGUUCACGUUCCCAAUCAAUCCCAACGUUGAAAAGAGCCAUCUUAUGUUACGCAGGUUGUAAGGGUUUUGCGGUUUCGAGGUGAAACUGCAGGAAAAUACACCAAUGUCUGGCAAUGAAAGUAAGUGAUUGAUGUGCUACGAAAAUUUUCGAAGAAAGAUUGUGACAGUCAUGAAGCACGUGACCAGUGCCAUCGUAUGCCAGUUUUACCAUGGUCACUCAGACACGGUUGUGAGCAGACGCAUACUGUUUUCUUGGAUCCAA